UGUAUAUGGAUAACAUGCAAUUUUAUUGUCUCUACUUUUCUCUACUGUACUUUGACAGAACAUUUUGCUAAGCUUACAACUGAAUAGCUUAUCCCUGAACCUCCCUUCAAGGUCUAUCUUCUGCUUGGACUCCAAUUCUCUUCCUUUUCCCUUGUCUCCAACUUAAAAUCAUAAAUGAGAUGCUGAUAAGCCUCCAAACCCUCCAUUUUACUCCCAAGAAUGAAACCAACAAGGCUUGGAAUUCAAUAAUCAAACACCAAACCAAGCUCAAAAAUGACCAUGCAAUUCUCUCUACAUUUACCCAUAUGCAAUCUCUGGGUUUAACACCCGAUAAGGCCUCUUUGCCUUUGGUUUUAAAGGCCUGCCGGAAGCUCAAUGCCAUUGAAACUGGCAAGAGAAUACACUCGAGUAUUCGAGACACUAACUUGAUCGAGGAUGUUCGAGUUGGGACUGCCCUUAUUGACUUUUACAGUAAGUGUGGUUUCCUUGAAGACGCGCGUAAGGUGUUCGAUGAAAUGAGUGAGAGGGAUUUGGUCUCAUGGAACGCAAUGAUAUCAGGGUAUGCGGGGUGUGAGGAAUUUGAGGAGGUGGUUUUUUUGGUGAUGACGAUGCAAAGAGAGGGUUUUAGGCCAAAUUCUCGUACGUUGGUAGCGAUGAUUUUAGUGUGUGACAAGGUUGCGGAAGUGAGGUUAGGAAAGGCGAUUCAUGGUUAUUGUUUGAGGAAUGGGUUGUUUGAUUUGGAUGCUCAUGUUGGUACUGCUUUGAUUAGCUUUUACCUGAGUUUUUUUGAUGUGAGGGCUUCUCAUCUUGUGUUUGAUUUGAUGGCCAUUCGGAAUACAGUUUGCUGGAAUGCUAUGAUUAUGGGGUAUUUUGAUGUUGGAGAAUCCUCGAAAGCUUUGAGACUUUUUGAGCAAAUGCUCAUGGAUGGAGUCGAAUUUGAUUCUGUUACAGUGUUGGCUCUUAUUCAGGCCUCUGCAGAAUUUGGAUCUCUUGAAUUAGGUGAUCAAAUUCAUCAAAUGGCUAUUAAGUGCAGUUAUAGCAAUGACCUGUUCAUCGUAAAUGCAUUGAUUAACAUGUAUGCAGAGAUUGGAUGUUUGAAGUCAGCAUGUAAACUAUUUGAUGGUAUUCCCACACGUGAUGUUGCUCUUUGGAAUUCUAUGAUAUCUGCAUAUAUUGACUACAGCUAUCAUGGGGAAGCCAUUAGCUUGUUUAUUAAAAUGCGAACUGAAGGCAACAAAGAGGAUGAGAGAACUACUGUUCUUAUGCUUUCUUUAUGUGCUGAGUCAGCUGAUGCUUUAAGAAAAGGUAGAAGCUUACAUGCACAUGCAUGCAAGACUGGGAUGGGGAUGGAUAUUAAUAUUGGGAAUGCAAUUUUAAAUAUGUAUGCUGAACAAAAUUGUAUGGAUUCUGUCAGAAAGGUUUUUGGUCAGAUGAGUAAUGUAGAUGUAAUCUCGUAUAACACAUUGAUCCUAGUUCUGGCUCGGAACAAUUUGGGUAUCGAGGCAUGGGAAACCUUUGGUAUAAUGCGAGAAUCUGAUGUUAAACCUAACUCUUAUACAAUUAUUUCAAUCCUUGCUGCAUGCAAAGAUGAAACUUGUCUGAAUAUUGGGAGGUCACUUCAUGGUUUUGUGAUAAAGCAAGGGAUAGAGGUGAAUGCACCCCUGAAAACCGCAUUAACAGAUAUGUAUAUUAACUGCGGUGAUGAAACUACAGCUAUGAAACUCUUCGAGAGUUCACACGGUAGAGAUUUGAUCUCAUGGAAUGCUUUGAUUUCCACCUAUGUUAAAAAUAACCAAGCUCAUGAAGCUUUUUUAGUAUUUAGCCGCAUGGUUUCUGAAGUGGAGCCCAACUCAGUUACAAUAAUAAAUAUCCUCUCGUCAUGCACCCAUCUUGCUCAUUUGCCUCAGGGUCGUUGUUUGCAUUCUUACAUGAUACAGAGGGAAUCCUCUUUAGGUCGCAAUUUGUCUCUUCAAAAUGCUUUUAUAACAAUGUAUGCAAGGUGUGGAAGCAUGAGAAAUGCUGAAAAAAUCUUUGAAACCUUAACAAGGAGAAAUAUUAUCUCGUGGAAUGCUAUCAUAACGGGUUACGGAAUGCACGGUCGUGGUUAUGAUGCUAUUCUUGCCUACUCGCAAAUGCUAGAGGAUGGUUUCCAACCAAAUGAAGUAACUUUCAUAUCUAUUUUAUCAGCUUGCAGCCAUUCUGGUAUGAUAGAGGAAGGACUGCAGCUUUUUGAUUCAAUGGUUCAUGAUUUUAACAUCACCCCUCAGCUUGCUCACUAUGGAUGUGUAGUUGAUUUGCUUGGUCGUGCAGGCAGGUUAGACAAGGCUAGAGAGUUCAUUGAAUCAAUGCCCAUCAAACCAGAUGCUUCAAUCUGGAGAUCUCUGCUUAGUGCUUAUAGAGAUCAUUGUUACACUAAAGAUGCCAAGGCCAUUUUUGAAAAAGUUGUUGAAUUGGAUCCAAUGAACCCGGGAAAUCAUGUCUUGCUUUGUAAUGUAUAUGCUGCUGCAGGUCUUUGGCCAGAGGUCAGCGAAAUGAGAAGACAUCUCAGAGCUAAGGGCUUAAGAAAGCCUCCUGGAAUCAGUUGGAUUGUUGUUAGAAGCCAGAUUCACUCUUUUGCUGCUGGAGAUAGAUCACACCCAAUGGCAGACAAAAUCUAUGCAAAUUUGAAUUCCUUGUUGCAGUCAAUUAAGGAAAUAGGAUAUGUUCCUGAUCUUCAUUGGAUAUUGCACGAUGAUGAGUACAUCUAAAGUCCGGCACAGUUCAUGACUAGUAAAAUUUGGCCUUAAAAUGACCACGUUAAGAGAAAUGAGAGGUGCAAUGUUAUCAUCCAUUGGACAAAGCAUGGUGUUGAUCAUGAGCUUUGGUUGCUGAUAUUUUUGGGGAUGAUGACCUGGUUCUGUGUUUGUGUUGGACAAUAGGUUUUGCUUCAAUACGGAUAAUAUCUAGAUUUUCUCAAGACUAGAUAGAUAUGUAUCGGAUGCGGGCAUCAAACGUGGCUACUUCCAAGUAAAAUAAAUAGUUGAUUACACCCAUCACUGAGAAAAAGACUUUGACCUAGUGCUAAUAUCAAAUUUGCAUCCUAUCAAAUGAAGUACUUGCAAGAUCCUGAAAGUCCAUAAAUCCUAGAUGGAAAUUGGCAGGGAGAGGUUAUUGUUUCAUGUCCACACAAUGGAACUAUUCACUUACUAAUACAAGGCCUUAAUCCUGAUGUUAGUCCUUGUUAUAUUGCUUCUCUAGUUGCUUAGGAUAUAAAAAUACUAUGAUGAACUUGCUUAUUCAUUGUACAUAACAGUAGAAACAUGUAUAUAUUUACCAUUUUUUUGAUGUCUUGAA